UGUUGGAACAAUAUCUAACGCCUUGCAAAAUAUUACGAGUAAUAAUUGAUUUCCUUCACUAACGUCUCUUUCGUGUAUGUUUGUUUGUCUCUCAUGAGUUUAGCUCGAUAGAUUAUAUGAAGUUGAAGCCUAGCUAGCUAGCGGCUACAUGGUUGAUAUUCAAAAACUAAGUACACACACAUAUUACACCUUAAUUUACCCGGGUUUCCUAGCUAGCUAGCUAAAGAUUCUCUGAAACAGGUUAACCGACAGCAAAAAUGGCUGAAGAAAGACAAUCGGGUGUUAUUGGCAAGUGCUUAGGAGCCUUGAACGUCACCAUGAGACGAGUACUGUUUAAUUUCAUGUCAUCGGGUCCAAUUCCACAACACAUGGCGUUCAUCAUGGAUGGAAACCGUAGGUUUGCAAGGAAAUGGAAGCUGGAAAAGGGUGCAGGACACAAAGCAGGGUUCCUAGCGCUUAUGUCAGUUCUAAAGUACUGCUAUGAGAUCGGUGUCAAGUAUGUGACCGUCUACGCAUUUAGUCUUGAUAAUUUCAAUAGACGCCCAGAUGAAGUCCAAUACGUUAUGGAUCUUAUGCACGAGAAGAUUGAAGGUUUUAUGAAAGAACUGGACAUGGUUAACAGAUAUGGGAUUAGGGUGUUGUUUAUUGGGGAUUUGAAUAGACUAGAUGAGCCCGUUAGGAUUGCUGCUGACAAGGCAAUGGAAGCCACAGCCAUGAACACAAAAACGUAUCUUCUAGUGUGUGUGGCGUAUACUUCGUCCCAUGAAAUCCCUCGUGGUGUCUACGAAGCAUGUCAGGAGAAGAGUGGUUUGACGCGCACAUUAAAUGGACACGGAAAUGAUAUCGUGAGUGACGAAGAGGAGAUAAAAGUGGUGGAUUUGGAGAAGCACAUGUAUAUGGGAGUGGUUCCUGAUCCUGAUAUACUUGUGAGGAGUUCGGGGGAGACGAGGCUCAGCAAUUUUUUGCUGUGGCAAUCAACAAAUAGUUUGUUGUAUGCUCCAAAAGCUUUGUGGCCAGAGGUGGGAUUUUGGCAUGUAGUUUGGGGGAUCUUCAAGUAUCAGAAACACUAUUACUAUUUGGAGAAGAAAAAGAAGCAGGCUUGAUAAUCAAUAUAUAGGGAAUUUACAACUAAUAUAAGUAUCCAUCAUCAUCUUAAUUAUUACUAUUAUCUUUACUAUAUUAAACUUCUCUUUGUAAUUCUCCCUAAAUAAAUAUUAUAUCCAAGUAUUUGGUUUGCACUA